ACCCCAUUUCAUGUCUCUCCCAGAAAGCACUACAGUUCUCAUUGUCGGCGCUGGACCCACGGGUCUCGCCGCUGCUCUGUCUUUGAUCCACCAUGGUGUUCGUGACUUCGUGAUUGUAGACACUGUUCUCCAAGGCCAGAAUACCUCUCGUGCGUUGGUCAUUCAUGCUGCGACUCUCGAGGCAUUAAACACGAUAGGUUGUGCUGACGAACUCAAUGAUCUUGGCCUCAAGGAAGAAAAUGCUAAUAUUCGCUCACGCUAUUCGAAAAUUUUCCGAGUGGACUUCAACUCUUUGAAUAAAUAUACAAAUUACGCGCACGCGUUGAUUCUUCCACAACCCAUCACUGAACGCGUAUUGGAGGACAAGCUCCAGAGCCUUGGUGGGCGUGUAUACAGACCCCAUACUGUUAGUGGUCUAUCACGAAACAAACAAGAUAGCACUAUCACCGAUGUGGUCUUUCAGGAUGGGCAAAUCAUCAAAGCGAAAUAUGUGAUUGGCGCAGAUGGUGCUCGUUCAGCCAUCCGAAAUAUCGCUGGAAUCAGGUUUGCGGACCCUGAUGGCGAAGACGUUUCUAAAUCUAACCUCCUAUCUCAAAUCGUCCUCGCUGAUGUUACCUUUGCCGACGAGUCAGGAGUCCCAGACGCUGGCCUGAAUAUGAUAACAGAUUCGGCUGGAUUUUUCCUUUUUAUACGCUACUCCAAAUCUUUCGUUUCCAUGUUACCAGAGUACGAGGGCAAACAGAUCAUAGACAACGUUUAUCGUGUCGGGUUUGGUGUUCCCGUAGAAAUGGGUACACCUCCCCAUGCGCCACCACGCGAGUAUAUCCAGGUGCUUGUCGACAAGUUUGGCCCCGUGUCGUCUGGUGGAGCCCCCCCACUCAAAAUCGAGCAGGUAAUCUGGUCAACGCGGUUCAGGACACACUCGGCUAUUGCUGAUAGGUUUUUCACGCGUCUUGGUGCUCCAAGUGAUGUUGAUCUCAACGAAAAUUCGGGUGAGAAGGAGGGAGGUGUGAUCCUUCUGGUGGGUGAUGCUGCACAUAUCCACUCACCUGCAGGAGGGCAGGGGAUGAACCUCGGAUUGCGGGAUGCAGUCGCACUAGGAGACGCCAUACACAGUCAUAUAAACGCAUCGCAGUCAUCUUCCUCGCCCUCUCCUUCGCUAGCACCACACCCCGACAUUAUCCUCCAAACAUUCGCUGCAAGCCGUCGCGCGCGCGCUUUGGAGGUAAUCGCUCUCACUAAAAGCCUACUUAGUGUCUUGGGUAUGAAGUGGGGACAGUAUAUGCGCUGGUGUCCCGUGACUCUUGGUUCAGUCAGAGAUUGUUUGCUUUGGAUUGCUGGACGAGUGGGAUGGAUAAGAGGCAUGGCAGCUUGGAGAAUGAGCGGGCUGGGGAUGAGGUAAAAGCUCGUGGGGAUGGCUCUGAAGUGAGAGUGGCUAGGGGGAAGGUACUGAUGAAAGCGUAUCUGACGGCACACUGUGGAUGGACAAAUUUGCGUGUGACAACGGCAGGAAACACCACUCAAUUAUUAUAUCAGCCCAGUAGGUACAGCAGCAACGAAGGAGGCUACUUAAUUUAUGCGGAUAUCAUAUAUUUAUUGACAACGAUAAUAUAUGUACUUACUGAUUCGCACGCGACAAUUAUCAGAUACUGGUCCCUGCU